GUAUAUUUAAAAGAACCACUAGCUAUAAUUGAACUUUCAAAUUGACUUGAAGACUAUGAUUUCUUUAUAUAUUUUUGCUUGGUUUGACAUUAUAUAUGUAGCAGGUAAGUCGGUAUCUCCUCACAUGUGAAAUUUUUAUUAAUUCCAAGGAGAGGAUGCAUUAUUUGUCUACAUUCAAAUUUGAAGAUAAGAAACAAAGACUUUGACUAAAAGUGUCUGAAGAAAAUUCCAACCUGAAUGAAGUUCCAGGAAAUAAAUCAAUAAGAGGAAGGGAGUUUUCAAGCCUGUGAUACCUCAAGUCUAUUUUUAAUCUUGUUCCCUCUUCUCGGAGCACUUGUACUUCUACUUGCUUUCUUUAUGUUUGCUUUUCUGAUAGCAAGAAGAAAGAAAAAUCAAACUCUAGAACAAAACGAUGACAUGCUUGAAGAAAUUUCUUUUUCAGUUCUAGAUUUUGAUGGGAAAACAAUGUAUGAGGAAAUCAUAAAGGCAACAGAAGAUUUUGAUUCCAUAUAUUGCAUUGGGACGGGAGGACAUGGAAGUGUAUACAGAGCAAAUUUGUCAUCUGGCAACAUGGUAGCCGUGAAGAAACUCCAUCUUCUCCACAAUGGCGAGAAUAAUUUUCAGAAGGAAUUUUUCAAUGAAAUAAGAGCACUAACUGAGAUACGACACCGGAACAUUAUGAAGCUUUAUGGUUUCUGUUCACAUAAACGAUAUUCAUUUUUGGUGUAUGAGUAUCUUGAAAGGGGUUGCUUGGCCACAACGCUGAGCAAUGAUCAUGAAGCUAAAGAACUGGGGUGGAGUAAAAGGGUGAAUAUUGUUAAAGGUUUAGCUAAUGUCUUGUCCUAUAUGCACCACGAUUGCUUGCCACAAAUUGUACAUCGUGACAUAUCAAGCAAGAAUGUUUUGUUGGAUUCUGAAUAUGAGGCAUGUGUUUCAGAUUUUGGCACUGCCAAGUUUUUAAAUCCAGACUCAACUAAUUGGAGUGCUCUUGCAGGCACGUAUGGAUAUAUAGCACCAGAGCUUGCUUAUAAAAUGGAAGUGAAUGAGAAAUGUGACGUGUAUAGCUUCGGAGUAGUAACGUUGGAACUGAUUAUGGGAAGGCAUCCAGGAGAUCUGUUGUCAUCUUUAUUUCUACAAUCUUCAUCAUCUGCAUUACCUGCCCAUCAAAUGCCAAUGGAGGAUAUUUUGGACCAACGCAUUUCCCCUCCUACACAUCAAGAAGCAGGGGAAGUGGUCUCUCUAGUGCAGAUAGCUUUUGCAUGCUUGAAUUCCAGUCCUCCAUCUCGUCCAACAAUGAAACAAUUUUCUCAACACCUCUCAACUCAGAGACUGCAUUUGUCCAAGUCAGUGCAUAUAAUAACAUGUGGUGAAUUGCUUGCUCUCUACGGUUUUACAACCCGAGGGUAA